AUGCGGAACAAGGGCAGGAAGGAGAGCCUGUCCGACUCCCGCGACCUGGACGGCUCCUACGACCAGCUGACGGGCAACCCACCAGGCCAAACUAAAAAAGCGCUGAAGCAGCGAUUCCUCAAACUGCUGCCCUGCUGUCGGCCCAAAUCCAUCCCCUCGCUCAGCGAAAACAGCGUUGAGGAUGAGUUUGAGCUCUCCACCGUCUGCCACCGCCCUGAGGGGCUGGAGCAGCUCCAGGAACAGACCAAGUUCACUCGCAAAGAGCUACAGGUCCUGUACCGAGGCUUCAAGAAUGAGUGCCCGAGCGGCAUUGUCAAUGAAGAAAACUUCAAGCAGAUCUAUUCGCAGUUUUUCCCGCAGGGAGACUCCAGCACAUAUGCCACCUUCCUCUUCAAUGCCUUCGACACCGACCACGAUGGCUCCGUCAGCUUCGAGGACUUUGUGUCUGGGCUAUCCAUCAUCCUGCGUGGCACCAUUGAUGAUCGCUUGAACUGGGCCUUCAACCUCUAUGACCUGAACAAAGAUGGCUGCAUCACCAAAGAGGAAAUGCUAGACAUCAUGAAGUCCAUCUAUGAUAUGAUGGGAAAAUACACCUAUCCGGCCAUGCGGGAGGAAGCACCCCGGGAGCAUGUGGAAAACUUCUUCCAGAAAAUGGACCGCAAUAAGGACGGUGUGGUGACAAUUGAGGAGUUCCUGGAGUCCUGCCAGAAGGAUGAGAACAUCAUGCGGUCCAUGCAGCUCUUUGACAAUGUGAUUUAG